AUGUCAGAAACACGCGUACACGAAGUUCGAAAAGAAGAAACUACCGAUAAUUCUAGUACAGAGCCAGAGGAAGACGAAUUGUUUAUCGGAGAAAUUACGACAACAACCGCCAAAAAUGCAUUAAUAACUAACCUCAAAGUUAACGGCAAAAAUGUAAAUUUAAAAAUAGACACUGGCGCUCAGUGCAAUGUGCUACCCGAGGAAAUUUUCGACGGAAUUAAGCAGAAACCACAACUCAUCGCUACUGGGACAAAACUAGCAGCAUAUGGAGGAGCACAGGUUCCGGUGAAAGGAAAAUGCGUUUUAGAAAUCGAGCAAACUGCAGACCGGAAAACGGAAGUCGAGUUCUUUGUUGUCAAGGCUCCCAAUGCCAAAGCACUGAUUGGGUUACAAACAUGUCAGAAUCUUGAAUUAAUUAGCAUAAAUCAAAUCAGUGAAAUCCAGGAAAAGAAAGCAGACAUCAUCGAGGACUACAAAGAUGUCUUCACUGGUUUGGGUCUCGUCGAAGGAGAAUAUCACAUCGAGUUACAAGAAAAUGCCAAAGCAACGAUUCAACCACCGCGAAAAGUACCAUUAAGUCUGAUACCAAAACUGAAAGAAACACUUGAUAAUCUUACGAAAUCAGGAGUUAUCAGCAAAUUGGAUCGACCUACCGAUUGGGUUAAUAGUCUCGUAAUCGUAGAAAAGAAAGAUGGAUCACAGACCCGAAAGAUCUUAAUAACUCAAUAAAAAGAGGACAUUACAAAUCACCGUCCGCUGAAUCCAUCUCAAAUCACCUGAGUGGAAAGAAAGUAUUCACCGUAAUUGACAUGCCCAACUGCUACUGGCACAAAAAACUUGAUGAAGAGUCAUCCUAUCUGUGUGCAUUCAACACACCGUUCGGUCGGUACAAGUUCAAUCGCAUGCCUUUUGGCAUAUGUUCUGCAUCGGAUGUAGCGCAGAAAAUGGUAGAUGAUGAAUUUUCUGACAUCCCUGGUGCACUAGCAGUACAUGAUGACAUCAUAGUCUCAGGUGCCAACACAGAGGAGCAUGACAUAGCUCUAGAGAAAGUCCUACAUCGAGCAAGAGAACGAAACAUAAAAUUCAACAAGAAGAAGAUCUAA